AUGGACGAUGAAUUAUCGAGGUUUGUUGCUACAACCGUGCAUUUGGAUCAUAUUACUACUGCAUUGAAUUGUUUAACAGCAUUUGGUUUGAAGGAAGAUGUUCUGAUAUAUAUUGAUAGAGAUGGUCUAUCUUUUGUACGUGAAAAUAAUCAUGUUAUUAAGAUACAGUUGUUGCUAGCUCGUGAGCUAUUUAUAUCUUAUUCGUAUAAUGAUGCUAGAGACGAUAAUGAUGAUGAAAAUAGUGAAGGGUAUAUGAAAUUAUGUGUUAAGAUUAAUCAUUUAUUGGAUAGUGUCAAUAUAAUGAAUAAGAAUAUUGAUGAUAUUGUAGAAUGUACAAUGUCAUAUGAUGGCAAUGGUUCUCCAUUCGUAUUGAUCUUCGAAGAUUCGAUGAUAUCUGAAAGAGUUGAAUAUAGAACAUAUGUGAUAAAGGAUAUAGAUAAUACCGGUUUAAUAUUAGAUAAAGAGCAUAUGAUGUUUGAAUGCAUCAUUAAAGGAGACAUUCUGUAUAGUGCAUUAAAGGAUUUAAAAGAGACUAAUUGUAAAGAGUGUUACUUAUAUGCCAAGACUAUGGAUACUGGUGAAAAUAUAUUUGCAUUGAUAUCUAAAUCUACUUUGGGACUUUCAAAGAUUGUUAUUCCUGGUAGUAGAUCAAUACUUGAAAAAUUAGAAGUUUAUAAAGAUGACUCUACGACAUUAUGUUACAAUGUUCCAGUAAUAGGGUCCUUUGAUUUUGCGACUUUUGAUAAGAUAAGAUUAAGUACUAAGAUUGCCAGCAAAGUCUUAUUCAGAAUGGAUGUUAAUGGUCUUCUGAGUGUCAAUGUCUUAAGUCAAACCGAUGAUAUAUUAAUAUCUGAUAAUAGACAAACUGGUAGGAAUAAUAAUGAUACGCGAAAUAAAUCAAAAUCUUCCAAAAAUAGUAAUAAUAUGGAUUUACCAAAUGAUUAUCCAGGUAUUGUCAGUGAGAUAUGUCUUCUUGAAAAAGAAAUGGUAGAACAAAAUACACAAGAUGAAAUUGAAUUAUUUAUGAAUGUUGAUGAAUUUGGUAUGGUUAAGAAACAAAAUAUUACAGCUGUACCGAGAUAUAUCAAUCCUAAUGAUGGUAUUAGUAAUAACGGUAACAACUCAGGUUCUAAUAUUCCAAGUUCAAAUAUAUUAAAUUUAACCACAGAACAAACAGAAUUAGUUUCAAAGAAUUUCGUUGGCGGUGAAACUAAUGGGAAUACAUCAAUGGAUGUGGUAAAUAAUAAUAAUAAUAAUGGUAACAAAGAUGAUGACGAUGAUGAUGAUGAUCAAAACAUGACUAAUUCUAGUGUUACAUAUGGUAAUGCAGAUUUACCCUUAUUUUUCUAG